AUGGUGUACAAAAUGAGCAGGCAUUCAGCAAUAUUAGCUAAAUUUUGACAUAUUCUUUCAUCCAGAGCUUAUCUUUGCAUACCAUUCUGCUCCUCAAGUGUUUUGCCUAUAGUUUAUAUUCCUCAGGUGUGCAGAGCGGGAGCUAGUUGCUCCAAGAGGCUGAUCACCCUUCCCUUGUUUACCUGAUGCUGUUGGAUCAAGAUUCAUUUGAAAAACCGAACUUCAUGAUAA